AUGGGGACCGUCGAUAGUGGUGCAACGCACCACAUUUGCCAUGACAAGACCAAGUUCGCAAGUUUGGCAGAGCGCAAUGAGGGCGAACUCUUGGUGGCUGAUGGCAACAAGGUGGCCAUCAAGGGUGUGGGAUCCAUCAUGGAAAGGUGGUUCUGCCCAAUGGUGAAGAGCGUGAGAUCGAGAUCAAGAACACACUAUAUGUUCCAAGUAUGA